GGCGGGACCACGACCCGCUCCAGUCGACGCCAGCAGGCUGCGGGCUAACCGAGCCUCCGGAGCCGCAAAACAAUGUUCUCUUUCGGCGCCGGGCGAGGAGGAGGAGGAGGAGGAAGGUGGGGCGGAAUGGCGGCGACGUGUUGUUGAUGCUGACCGCCGACACUCAGCGGAGUUAUGCUCUCACGAAAGAAGAGCAAAAGUGAGUCGUCCAAGCCGGCAGAAGUGCACGGCAAGUACGUGAAGAAGGACAUGUCGCCUCUGCUCACAAAUCUUAUGCCGUCAUUCAUCCGCCAUGGACCCACCAUGCACCGACGCAGCGACAUGCCCCUACCCGACAUGGGACCCGCUGUCUACCCCAUGGCCACCAGCCGUGAGCCCGCGGUGUCCCGCAACAAGAGCUUCCUACGCCCCCCCGUGCAGCGGCCCCCUCACGAGGUGGCCCGCCGCGAGAGCCACCGCUUGUCGGCGCCCCCUUACCUGCCCCGCAGUUUGGGCGAGUUGCCCCACGAGUACGGCGGCUCGUCGCAGUCCUUCCUCACCGACGUGAGCCCCAUGUCGGAGAACGGAGACACCGGCCGCUACUACUACCCCUCGGAAGCGCCGUACUACGACGGGCAGCAGCAGCAGCAGCAGCCCAGGAGACUCCCGGAGCGCUUCCCUGACGACUAUCGCUACUACGAGCUCAGCGAACACAACUUCCAAAGACUUCCACGGCAGCACACGCCCCCUGCUUCCAGCAGACCACCCUCAGGCAUAGGUCGAAUACAGGCCAAGUCCCUAGGGAACCUCUCCAAUCUGACGGCGGAUGACAUGCCUCUCCCUGGCGGCUGGACUGUGGACUGGACCAUCCGCGGCAGGAAGUACUACAUCGACCACAACACCAACACUACGCACUGGAGCCACCCUCUGGAGAGGGAGGGGCUCCCACCCGGCUGGGAGAAGGUCGAGUCAGCCGAGUUCGGGGUCUAUUAUGUGGAUCACAUCAACAAGCGGGCACAGUACCGGCACCCCUGCGCUCCCAGCGUUCCUCGCUACGACCAGCCGCCGCCUCUACCGCCUCCAGUCGCCUAUCAGCCGCGGCCUGCCGAGAGGAACCAGCCCGUGCUGGUGCCAGCCAACCCGUACCACACCGCCGAGAUCCCGGACUGGCUGCAGGUUUACGCCCGCGCCCCCCUCAAGUACGACCACAUCCUGAAGUGGGAGCUCUUCCAGCUGGCAGACCUGGACACCUACCAGGGCAUGCUGAAGCUGCUCUUCAUGAAGGAGCUGGAGCACAGCGUCAAGUCCUACGAAGCGUACCGCCAGGCGCUGCUCUCCGAGGUGGAUGCUCGCAAGCAGCGGCAGCAGUGGUACGCCCAGCAGCCCCACAACAACAACAACAACUUCCUGGGGAACAUGUGACCUGGCUCAGGCCUGCCCAGCAAAUACAAGUGUGCCUCGGCUUCAUCCAAAUCCAGCACGCCGGCUUUAUGAACCACUGAAAACUCUCCCGUGAAGAAGCCACAGUGUACAACAUGCUGCUCUUUUAUAGUCAACCCAAAGCAACAUUUUGUAUUAUUUUCAUAAAGUUAAUGCUUCUUUUUUUUUGUAAUCUCAGAAGACCAGCGUCAUUCCUCUCCCGUGUGAGAGGACGACUUGGCGGCUUUCUCGCAUCCUUGGCCUGUUUUCUGCAAACAUGGCCUCCGCUCCUGUCGCGUCCUUUUCAGACCAUCCACCAGGGCGAUACGUAGGUGUGCGUAAGCAAGGCCUCUAAGUAUUUGCCUCGCUAAUCAGGAGCGACUGGAAGCUCUCUGGAAACACUUUGCAAGGAUUUUGCUUAAAAAGACGCUAAAACCUCCUUUUCGCAGAUGUCUCAAAAGCCAUACAAAAAAAAAAUGCUGGUUGUCGCCACCAGCAGGAAGAAUAAGAAAUAUUUUAAUAUAUUAUUACGAUAUGGAAACAUGUAUGCAGGUUCUCAGCAGGAUUUAGUAGGAUUUUGUUCAAAAGAUCAUUUAAUUGAAGGUCAGAGCGACACAGAGAUAUUGCAAAAAUGAAAAUCCAGCCUUAGGCGCAACAUUCAAACAGGAAGUAAACAAACUUUGCAAUAUAGGGCAGGAAGUAAAUAAACUUUGCAAUAUAGGGCACAACGUUCAAACAGGAAGUAAACAAACUUUGCAAUGUAGGGCACAACGUUCAAACAGGAAGUAAACAAACUUUGCAAUAUAGGGCACAACAUUCAAACAGGAAGUAAACAAACCUUGCAAUAUAGGGCACAACGUUCAAACAGGAAGUAAACCAACUUUGCAAUAUAGGGCAGGAAGUAAACAAACUUUGCAAUAUAGGGCACAACGUUCAAACAGGAAGUAAACACAUUUGCAAUAUAGGGCAGGAAGUAAACAAACUUUGCAAUAUAGGGCACAACGUUCAAACAGGAAGUAAACAAACUUUGCAACAUAGGGCACGAAGUAAACGAACUUUGCAAUAUAGGGCACAACGUUCAAACAGGAAGUAAACAAACUUUGCAAUAUAGGGCACAAUGUUCAAACAGGAAGUAAACAAACUUUGCAACAUAGGGCACGAAGUAAACGAACUUUGCAAUAUAUGGCACAACGUUCAAACAGGAAGUAAACAAACUUUGCAAUAUAGGGCACAACGUUCAAACAGGAAGUAAACAAACUUUGCAAUAUAGGGCAGGAAGUAAACAAACUUUGCAAUAAAGGGCACAACGUUCAAACAGGAAGUAAACAAACUUUGCAAUAUAGGGCACAACGUUCAAACAGGAAGUAAACCAACUUUGCAAUAUAGGGCAGGAAGUAAACCAACUUUGCAAUAUAGGGCAGGAAGUAAACAAACUUUGCAAUAUAGGGCACAAUGUUCAAACAGGAAGUAAACAAACUUUGCAAUAUAGGGCACAACGUUCAAACAGGAAGUAAACAAACUUUGCAAUAUAGGGCAGGAAGUAAACAAACUUUGCAAUAAAGGGCACAACGUUCAAACAGGAAGUAAACAAACUUUGCAAUAUAGGGCACAACGUUCAAACAGGAAGUAAACCAACUUUGCAAUAUAGGGCAGGAAGUAAACAAACUUUGCAAUAUAGGGCACAACGUUCAAACAGGAAGUAAACAAACUUUGCAAUAUAGGGCACAACGUUCAAACAGGAAGUAAACAAACUUUGCAAUAUAGGGCACAACAUUCAAACAGGAAGUAAACAAACUUUGCAAUAUAGGGCACAACGUUCAAACAGGAAGUAAACAAAUUUUGCAAUAUGAGGCAGGAAGUAAACAAACUUUGCAAUAUAGGGCACAACGUUCAAACAGGAAGUAAACAAACUUUGCAAUAUAGGGAAGGAAGUAAACAAACUGUCCGAUAUAAUGCAGGAUGUUCAAACGGGAAGUAAAGCAAUUAUUCAAUAUGAGCCUGUGUGUUCAAACAGGAAGUAAACAAACUAUCCAAUAUAAAGCAGGACGUAUGAACAGGAAGUAAACUGUCCAAUAUUAGAAAGGGUGUUGAAACAGGAAGUAAACACACUAUCCUAUAUAAGGCAGUACGUUCAAACAGGAAGUAAACAAACUAUCCAAUAUAAAGCAGGACGAAUGAACAGGAAGUAAACUAUCCAAUAUUAGAAAGGGUGUUUAAACAGGAAGUAAACAAACUAUCCUAUCUAGGGCAGGGUGUUCAUCCAUCCAUUUUCUUCCCCUUGUCCCUUUUGGGGUAGCUAGAACCUAUCUCAGCUGCAUUUGGGCAAAAGGUGUGGUACACCCUGGACAAGUCGCCACCUCAUCGUACGGCCAACACAGAUAGACAACAUUCACAUUCACACACGAGGGACUAUUUAAAAAUGUUUCCAAUUAACCUAUCCCACAGGAUGUUCAAACAGGAAGUAAACAAAAUAUCCAAUAAAAUGCAGGACGUUCAAACAGGAAGUAAACAAAAUAUCCGAUAAAAGGUGGGAUGUUCAAACAGGAAGUAAACAAACUAUCCAAUAAAAGGCAGGUUGUGCAAACAGGAAGUAAACAAACUAUCCAAUAAAAGGCGGGAUGUUCAAACAAAAAGUAAACAAACUAUCCAAUAAAAGGCAGGUUGUGCAAACAGGAAGUAAACAAACUAUCCAAUAAAAGGCAGGAUGUUCAAACAGGAAGUAAACAAACUAUCCAAUAAAAUGCAAGACAUUUAAACAGGAAGUAAACAAACUUUGCAAUAUAGGGCACAACGUUCAAACAGGAAGUAAACAAACUUUGCAAUAUAGGGAAGGAAGUAAACAAACUGUCCGAUAUAAUGCAGGAUGUUCAAACGGGAAGUAAAGCAAUUAUUCAAUAUGAGCCUGUGUGUUCAAACAGGAAGUAAACAAACUAUCCAAUAUAAAGCAGGACGUAUGAACAGGAAGUAAACUGUCCAAUAUUAGAAAGGGUGUUGAAACAGGAAGUAAACACACUAUCCUAUAUAAGGCAGUACGUUCAAACAGGAAGUAAACAAACUAUCCAAUAUAAAGCAGGACGAAUGAACAGGAAGUAAACUAUCCAAUAUUAGAAAGGGUGUUUAAACAGGAAGUAAACAAACUAUCCUAUCUAGGGCAGGGUGUUCAUCCAUCCAUUUUCUUCCCCUUGUCCCUUUUGGGGUAGCUAGAACCUAUCUCAGCUGCAUUUGGGCAAAAGGUGUGGUACACCCUGGACAAGUCGCCACCUCAUCGUACGGCCAACACAGAUAGACAACAUUCACAUUCACACACGAGGGACUAUUUAAAAAUGUUUCCAAUUAACCUAUCCCACAGGAUGUUCAAACAGGAAGUAAACAAAAUAUCCAAUAAAAUGCAGGACGUUCAAACAGGAAGUAAACAAAAUAUCCGAUAAAAGGUGGGAUGUUCAAACAGGAAGUAAACAAACUAUCCAAUAAAAGGCAGGUUGUGCAAACAGGAAGUAAACAAACUAUCCAAUAAAAGGCGGGAUGUUCAAACAAAAAGUAAACAAACUAUCCAAUAAAAGGCAGGUUGUGCAAACAGGAAGUAAACAAACUAUCCAAUAAAAGGCAGGAUGUUCAAACAGGAAGUAAACAAACUAUCCAAUAAAAUGCAAGACAUUUAAACAGGAAGUAAACAAACUGUCCAAUAAAAGGCAUGAUGUUCAAACAGGAAGUAAACAAACUAUCCAAUAAAAGGCAGGAUGUUCAAACAGGAAGUAAACAAACUAUCCAAUAAAAUGCAAGACAUUUAAACAGGAAGUAAACAAACUGUCCAAUAAAAGGCAUGAUGUUCAAACAGGAAGUAAACACACUAUCCAAUAAAAGGCAAGAUGUUCAAAGAGGAAGUAAACACACUAUCCAAUAAAAGGCAAGAUGUUCAAAGAGGAAGUAAACACACUAUCCAAUAAAAGGCAAGAUGUUCAAAGAGGAAGUAAACACACUAUCCAAUAAAAGGCAGGAUGUUCAAACAGGAAGUAAACAAACUAUCCAAUAAAAUGCAGGACAUUUAAACAGGAAGUAAACAAACUGUCCAAUAAAAGGCAAGAUGUUCAAACAGGAAGUAACCACACUAUCCAAUAAAAGGCAAGAUGUUCAAAGAGGAAGUAAACACACUAUCCAAUAAAAGGCAGGAUGUUCAAACAGGAAGUAAACAAACUAUCCAAUAAAAUGCAGGACAUUUAAACAGGAAGUAAACAAACUGUCCAAUAAAAGGCAAGAUGUUCAAACAGGAAGUAAACACACUAUCCAAUAAAAGGCAGGAUGUUCAAACAGGAAGUAAACACACUAUCCAAUAAAAGGCAGGAUGUUCAAACAGGAAGUAAACACACUAUCCAAUAAAAAGCAGGAUGUUCAAACAGGAAGUAAACAAACUAUCCAAUAAAAUGCAGGACAUUUAAACAGGAAGUAAACAAACUGUCCAAUAAAAGGCAAGAUGUUCAAACAGGAAGUAAACACACUAUCCAAUAAAAGGCAGGAUGUUCAAACAGGAAGUAAACACACUAUCCAAUAAAAGGCAUGAUGUUCAAACAGGAAGUAAACAAACUAUCCAAUACGGUGUUCUAACAACAAGUAGACAAAUGAUCCAAUAUAAAGCAGGAAGUAUAAACAGGAAUUAAACAAACAAUCCAAAAUUAGAAAGGGUGUUGAAACAGGAAGUAAACAAACUAGUAUAAGGCAGAACGUUUAAAAAAGAAGUAAACAAACUAUCCAAUAUAAGGUAGGUCGAGGAAACGGGAAGUAAACAAAUAUAUAAUAUAAGUCAGAACGUUUAAAAAAGAAGUAAACAAACUAUCCAAUAUAAGGAAGUGUGUUGAAACAGGAAGUAAACAAAGUAUCCAAUGUGAGAUUUAAAAAUGAAUGUAAACAAACUCUCAGUAGUUUUUGGAUUAAAUGAACUCUGCUUCUUCUUACUCCUUUUUGAUUUUGAGACCCACUUUUGAUCCAAUAUCCUACUGAAGUCUGAUGAGAACAUGAGCAGUUAGUUGGAGUAGUGCCUGUGUAGUCCACUACACACACACACACACACACACACACACACACACAUACACACACACACACACACACUACAACUCCAGUCCCGUUGGAGAGGACUUUGUUACACACCUGCUUAUUUUGUAAUAAUAAACCUCAAGACUGCU